AAUUUCAGAAGAAAAAUAUAAAAUAAAUAAAUAUAAAUAUAAUAUGUGUUGUGUGUGUGUGUGUGUGUACGCGCUUGUAAAACUACUGUGCUAUGUUUCUUAAGGAUAGUUUGCAACGAAAAUUUGACUGAAUGGUAUCUUUUAUGUGAUUUUAUAGAUCGAUUUCAAUUUUAAAAAAAAUAUUUGGUCGUAUAGUGCAACGCAAAAUGUGUAUUAACGUUAUCCUUGAAAGCACACGUUGUUGAUACAUGUUAAUAAAACGCGUUUUGUAAAAACCUUCACGGUUUAAUCGUUGCAUUGUAAACAGUCCAUUAUAUUCAUCCAUGGAUGCUAUCACAAUUGUUUUUCGAUUUAUUUAUAUUUUAAUCGUCAUACAAACAUACACAUCAAAGAUUCAAAUGAUAAUUUAGAUGUAAUAUUGUUACACCGCAAUUAAACAAAUUUUCGCUGAUGAUUUGUAAUAUUUUUUCUUUUGUAUUUGUUAUAACUGCGUCAUGAAAACUAUUGCUUUUUAUUAACUGAUCGAUCGAAUAUAUAUUGAAAUAAAAAUAUAAUAAUACAUGUUAUGUUUAUCACAACUCCCACCCAAUAACUAUUACUCUUACCGUAUUAUGUAAGUAUGUACAUAUAUAGAAGUCGAUUAAAAAGAAACCUGACAAAAUUUAUUAUACAAUGUUUCUUAUAUCUCAAAUUUAAAAGGAAAUCAUUAUAAAGAAGAUAACUUGAUCAAAUUCUACUUUUGUGAUAAGCAAAAUGAAAGUCUUAAUAAUAAUCUAGUCUAAUCGAUAAAUGUAUAAAUAAAUGUGUAAACUAUAUCGACCAAUGGUCAGUCGAGAAUUGGUCAGAUAUUUUAGUUUAACCUGUAGAAUUAAACGAAGUGUAUAUUUAAAUAACUUAUUUAUAUUCAUAAGGAAUAUAUAAAGUGAAUAAGCACUUUUACUCGAUAUUUAAAUAUUAUUUAACAUAAGUAUUGCAAAGUGCGAUAUAAUAUAGAGUGCGAAUGAUAAGAAACGAGAUAUAUUUUACCAACUUCACAGAGGGUGUCAAAAUCGUUACACUUAAUAUUCCUUUUAUCUUGAAAAAUUAAAAUAAAUUUAUAACGUAUUUGUUGACAAGAAAUUAUAUUAAAAUGACAGAUACGUAUUUUCCAUUUGUAUAUUGGGCUCAAACUGAGAAUCAGGUUACAUUAAAAGUUGACUUGGCUAAUGUUAAGGAUAUUAAUAUUAAUUUGCAAGAGAAAAAAUUGCAAGUUAGCGCAUACGGUCAAGGCGCAAGAGGAUGCAGUAAUUACGGUUUCAGUAUUGACUUUCACGAACUUGUUAUUCCUGAUGAAAGCAAUUAUAAAGUCAUUGACCGUCAAAUAGAUUUUACGUUGAAGAAAAAAUGUGGUGGAUGGUGGCCACGAUUGACCGGCCAACCACAGAAACCACCAUGGCUUAAAAUAGAUUUUGACAAAUGGAAAAGCGAAGACAUGGAUGAUAAUGAGCAUGAGAAGAGAGAUGUUUGUAACGACUACCCUGAUAUGUAUGACAAAUUGCAUAAAGAAGAACUUGGGUAUAGGAAAGAGGAUUUUAAGAAAGUAUACUUAAUCAUCUACAACUUGUGUCAAUUAGUCGGAUUUCUUUAUGUUCUUACUGUAAUGGGUUUGAAAUAUUCUCGGGAUGGGCCAGCUUCUAUGAAACACACAUAUACUGUUGUUGGAAAUCCAAUGAAAUUUAUACAGUUGCUACAAUUUUUGGAAGUUAUGCACCCUUUAUUUGGAUAUACCAAAGGUAGUGUAAUGAUACCUUUCAUGCAAGUUGGAGCCAGAGCAUUUGUCUUAUUCUUCAUGAUAGAAGGGGAACCACGUAUGCAAACUAAACCGGUUGUAUUUUAUCUUUUUAUUGUUUGGAGCGCAGUUGAAGUUAUCAGAUACUUAUACUAUAAUUCACAAUUAUUGAACGUAGAAAUUUAUUUUUUAACAUGGUUAAGAUAUACAAUAUGGAUACCGUUGUAUCCUUUAGGUAUAAUAUGCGAAGGUAUUAUUAUCUUACGCAACAUUCCAUAUUUUGAAGAAACGCAACGAUUUACUGUAUCUUUACCAAACUCUUUAAAUUUUUCUCUUCAUUUUCCAACUUUUCUGCGCAUUUAUUUAUUAGUAUUAUGUAUACCUGGUAUUUACACAGUGAUGUCACAUAUGAAUCAUGCUCGCUAUAAAAAACUUGGAAAAUCUAAUAUUAAAAGAAAAUACACAUAAUUUUAUUUCAUAAUUUAUAUAUAUAUAUAAAUGUAUAAGAACAAAAAAUUUUUUUUUUUCUAGUAUAAUAUACAUCACAAUAAAGUAUCAUUUUUGUUAUGCUUUUCAUGGAUAAGGAAUAUACAAUAUGUAAUUGAUUAUCAAUUACAUAUUAGUAUAAAUUAACAAAAUUAGUUCAAUAUAUUUCCGUAUUUCUUUAAACUUUUCUAUAAAUAUUUCAGUAAAUAUUGAAUUAUUAAUCGUAAAGAAAGAUUAAGCUUUAAUUUACAGUUAGACUAGUCUUUAAUUAUAUGAUUUGAUUACCUGGAAAUAAUCAUCGUCAAAUGAAUGACUAUGCUAUGUAUUGU